GGCUCCUGCACUGGGCAUGCGCGAGGCCGGCGAACGCAGGCGCAGACGCGGCGGGAGGCGUCCGGCCAGUUCUCCCUUCUGGGCUUCUUCCGACUUCGCCCGGGCCUGGUCGCGGCCGCUGGUGACCCUCCCCGGCCCCGGUGGGCGGGUGGCAGUAGUAAAUAAAUGGCCGGAGAAGUGGAGUCUUCCGAAUCCUGAGUCGUCUGCAUAACUGAUGAACAUUUGUUAAAUAGACUUUUUUCGGCGCGGUCUUCGGUUCACUGCAGAUGUGAGCAGCAGGUACAGAGAUGGCCACCAUGGAGACUGCCCAGGGCGCUACGCAGAGUGGGACAGAGGCGUCACGGCCGGCCGAGGGGCGAGCGGAGAGCGAGGCCCCGCGGGAAGAGGGGCGGCCGCUCUACCUGGAGGAGACCGUUGACCUUGGCGGGGCCGGGCUGGGGUCCGAGGACGGCGGGGCCCUCUCGGAGGAGGCCCGCGGCUCCGCCGACAAGCUCACGGAGCGUGCCAUGGAGAGCGUCCUCAUAUCUGACUCUCCCGAUGACAGCGACGACGACGCGGAUGAGCUCGGUGGCCUGCAGGAGGUCGUGGAGCCCGCGGAAGGCAGCGCCGGCCACAGACUGGAGGACGUCACGGAUGAAGGGGCAGCCGACACUCUGAGCAAUGACAGUGACAGCGACGGGGACGGACCGCCCAGCGCCGUCCGGGACACGACCCCUGACAGCAGCGCGUCCCUGGGGAGCGGGGCGUCCUUGGGGGCAGCCGCGGCGCAGGAAGGGCUUGGGGCAGGCGCAGAGGCCCUGGCCGCAGGGCGCCCCAGCCCCGAGGAGGAGCCGGUCCCAGUGUGCACCAUCUUCAGCCGGGCGCCGCCCGCCACCGCCCAGCCACUGCCCUUCCUGCCCGACGGCUUCGAGUCGCAGCUGGUGAAGUCGCCGAGUUUUGGGGGCGCCGGCCAGCCGGCCGCCACGACACCCCCGCAGGUGGUCCAGCCCAGCCCCAGCCUGAGCACGUUUUUUGCGGACACGACCAGCACCAACUCCCUGGCCUCGGACUUCUUCGAUUCGUUCACGACAUCCGCCUUCAUUUCCGUCAGUAACCCCAACGCGGGCCCUUCGGCCCCGGGCUCGGAGGCCACCCCGGCUUCCGCUGACCCCGCCCGCUCCCCCGGGGCCCACGGGCCGGAGCCCUGCGUCCCAGUGGCUUCUCACGAAGUUCCGCCAUCACCAAAGCCCUUCUCCCAGAUUCAGGCCGUGUUCGCAGGGAGCGAGGACCCCUUCGCCACCGCCCUGAGCAUGAGCGAGAUGGACCGGAGGAGUGACGCCUGGCUCCCCGGGGCGGCCACCAGGGACGUCUUGCUUUCCGUGGCGGCCCAACAGUACGGCACGGUGUUCGUGGACAAGGAGAACGUCACCAUGCCAGGCCUCAAAUUCGACAACAUCCAGGGAGAUGCAGUUAAAGACCUGAUGCUUCGCUUCCUGGGUGAAAAAGCUGCAGCGAAGAGACAGGUCCUGAACGCGAACUCGGUGGAACAGUCCUUCGUGGGCCUGAAACAGCUCAUUAGCUGCAGGAACUGGAGGGCGGCGGUGGACCUGUGCGGGCGCCUCCUCACAGCCCACGGCCAGGGCUACGGCAAGAGCGGGCUGCCCACCAGCCACACCGCGGACUCGCUGCAGGUGGGCCCCGGGGCAGGGGGACCGCUGUCCGGUCCGUCGUGGUUCGGGGGCAUGGAGGGAGUCCCCAACGCCCUGUGCGCCAAAGCCGCGGUCGCAGCCGGGGCCGUGGCGCCUGUGGCCGGCCGCACUCGUCACUCGGCCCUGAGGACCGGUCUGACGGAGCUGACCGGAGCUGCCUGUGGAGUGAGGAGCAAGUCCUCGUGCGCAGGCGUGGAAGCCCCCGUCAGCCUUCCCUCGACCUCGGGGACACCCCGCCCCCGGGACGAGCAGACUGGAAAGGUGCGGGUGCCCCUGGAGCAGGGAGGGGGAGCAGGCAGCGGCCAGGCACCGUCAGGCAGUGGGAUUUGCAGUAAGCGUGAAUCACGCACGUCGCUCAGCUGGAACGUGCACACGUUCAUCCGCAGCGGCGUGGGGGGCGCUUACGCAUUUUCGUCUCGUUCUGUGGAGAUGGUCAGGUGGGGCCGAGGCAGUGAUGCUGGCGCUGGGGAGCAGAUACCAACGCAGACGACGCUGUGCUCGCUGGCCCACCGCCCACCUGCCGCUGCCCGGGGCUUGGGGACCCCUGAUCUGGACCAUACGCACAUCCGGCUCCGCGGAGAGCUGCAGUGCGCGCUCCACGGCACUGCCGCCAUCUUUGCCGGGAGGGAAGCCAAGGGGCCUGGCGUCCCUGGGCUGGCGGGGCGCGCGCGGCCGACGGCUCACCCGGCUCUGGCUUCCAUUGCAGGCUCCAUGGUGCCCUUCUCCAUGCGGGUCCUCCAUGCCGAGCUGCAGCAGCACCUGGGCCACCCCCAGGAGUCACUGGACCGGCUGCACGGGCUGAAGGCCGUCUGCAGCAAGAUCCUCGCGCGUUUGGAGCAAGGCUUGGCGGAGGACGGCAGCGCGGGCACCAUCACGCCAGAGAACAGGCAAGCCUCCAUCCAGCUGUGGCGGGCCCGCCUGGGCCGCGUGACCUGCUCCGUGGCAAACUGCCUGCUGCAGAUGAAGGACUACGUGCUGGCCGUGGACGCGUACCUCUCCGUCAUCCAGUACUUCCCUCAGCAGGAGCCCCAGCUGCUCAGCGGCAUCGGCCGCGUCUUCCUUCAGAUCGGUGACAUUAAGACAGCAGAAAAAUAUUUUCAAGACGUGGAGAAAGUAACACAGAAGUUGGACGGACUGCAGGGGAAAAUAAUGGUUUUAAUGAACAGAGCUUUCCUUCACCUCGGUCAGAACAACUUCGCUGAAGCCCACAGAUUCUUCACGGAGAUUUUAAGGAUGGAGCCGACCAACGCAGUGGCCAACAACAACGCCGCCGUGUGCCUGCUGUACCUGGGCCGGCUCAAGGACUCGGUGCGGCAGCUGGAGGCCAUGGUGCAGCGGCAGCCCAGGCACUGCCUGCACGAGAGCGCCCUCUUCAACCUGACCACCAUGUACGAGCUGGAGUCCUCCCGCAGCACGCAGAAGAAGCAGUCCCUGCUCGAGGCGGUCGCCGGCAAGGAAGGCGACAGCUUCAACACGCAGUGCCUCAAGCUGGCCUAGGCCGUCGCACCUGGCUCUGCCGGGUCUUCGUAAACUGGUCUGGCGCUCGUGCGCGAUGUCACGGGGAUUCGGGGGCCUCUGCCGCUGGCGUCUGGGAGCGUCUCCUUGACCCAGAGCCAAGGCCGUGGCUGUUCUGCAGUUUGUCGAACCCCAGCCAGCCCGAACCCACGCGGCUCUGACUGUCUAUGAGCACAGGGGAGAACAUGCCGUUAGGGUUGCGGUCACCAACAGAACCCCAGCGGACGCAGUUUAUUCCCCGAAGCUGGCCCACGUGGUUCAUGAACUCUGAACAUCCUCAGAGCGGCUGAUACACGCAACAAAGUGCUGUCGCUGUGCGCAUGCAUCGAGAGCACGUGUACAUGGGGACGACGCCACACGCCUCCUGCCCUGCCCCAGGCCCGAACAUCCACUUCACUCAUCCGAUUCUCCCUCAGCCUACGCCGAACACCUGGCACGAGCCUGGAGAUGGGUGACAGGAUCCAGCCUCGUUUCUCCGUGUCCGCACAUCAUGGGGAGACGGGGGGUGGGGGCGUUGAGGGGAGUCGGUGGAACGAAAGGGUCCAAGUGCGUGGGACGCGGGGCCCCGGCAGGGCCGGAGCGGGAUACGCCUCCUCAUCCGAGCGUCACGACACUUGAAGCUGACAGGGUCGUCCCUGCUCUUAAACCUGCGCGUCUCCUCCUUCCCUCAGAGUCCGGCAGGGCCCUGUCGGCGGCCAGCUCUCCUAGUGCAUUCGAGAAUGGGACUCAUCUCGGACACUGCUGUGAACGCCUGUUGCGUGAGCAGAGCGAUGCUGUUUCUAUUCUUUUUGUAAUAAAGUAAAAACACCCACGCACCUACCAGGCAGGCAGCCUCCACACAUUUGUUGAAAUACAGGUUAAUUUGCACAUUAAAAUAGGAGAAAAAGGUGAGCUAGCCAAAGGGGCUGUUGCAUACCAAGGAGGGUUUAAACUUUUUCUCUUUGAGAGAAAAAUAAAAACUUUUGCUUCAGAGGCCCAGAAA